AUGCGCGCGAAGGAAGAUGCCAAGAAUGCGAAACCCCAACAACCCAUAAUUCGGCCCGGUGAUGCAGACGCGGAUACAGAGCGGCCCGCUGUGCCGGUGGCGAAGGGUGGGAAGGGCACUGGUAGUGAGCAGGUGAAGGCGAAGGUGCAGGAGGACGAGAUGGAGGAGAUUCCUAUUGCUGGACGGACGAAGAUGACUGUGCCUAAGAUGAAGGAUCAGGGUGCUGUGCAGGGUGCUGUGCAGGGAUCUGAGAAGAACGAUGAAGAGGUUGUGGUUGAUCAUACGGAGGCGAAGAGUGAACUUAAUGAUAUUUUGAAGAGGUCUCCCAUAAUCAUCUUCUCCAAAUCAUACUGUCCCUACAGCAAAAAGGCCAAGCACAUUCUGCUAGAGCGAUACGCUAUUUCGCCGAAGCCGUUUGUCGUCGAAUUGGAUCAGCACCCGAUCGGUCAGAAACUGCAGGAUCUUUUGGCGCAGAAUACUGGGAGAAGGACGGUGCCGAAUGUUUUGGUUAAUGGGAAGAGUAUUGGGGGUGGUGAUGAUAUUGCUGCUUUGGAUCAUAAUGACGAGCUGGUCUCGGCGCUCAGAUCGAUGGGUGGGAAGUGGGUUACUGAUGUGAGGCAUUUGCCACCUCCGGCGGCAGCGGAGGAUCAGCUGUGA